UUAACAUUAUCCCUUGUCCUUACUUUCUGAUUUCCUGUUUUUCUGUGUAGAGCUGGAAGAAUGAACACAUUACAUGGAAUCCAGAUGACUUUUGUGGACUUGAGCGUAUAAUAGUUCCUGCUGACAUUUUGUGGAAGCCAGAUCUCACUAUUGAAGAGAUGACAGAAAAGGACAAGACCCCUCCAAGUCCUUAUCUCACUAUUGAAUCUAAUGGUAUCAUUGAAUGUAGGGACCAUGUGGUGUUAGUAAGCACCUGCAGGAUGCAAGUUCACGAAUUCCCCUUCGACAUUCAGACCUGUAACCUCUCGUUCAAGUCUGUCGUUCACAAUGUUGAGGAAUUGGAUCUUCAUACUCAACUCGGUGCUUCAACGGCCACAGCGUGGUCUCAUGGCUUGAUGACUCAGAACGAGUGGCUGUUAAUCAACCAGACAGUCACCAGUACAACAGUCAACAGAUUUGCCUUCGAUCAAAGCAUGAUUGUUUACACUAUCAAAAUGAAGAGGCGAUCAAUCCUCUACAUUGUCAACUUCUUGCUGCCCAUCAUGUUCUUCUUGUGUCUGGACUUGGCCUCCUUCCUGAUCUCAGACAGUGGGGGCGAGAAGCUGAGCUUCAAGGUCACUGUGCUGCUCGCUGUCACUGUGAUGCAGCUUAUUCUCAAUGAAAUUCUGCCUUCCUCAUCAGACAGGACUCCACUUAUAGAGGUUUACUGCAUGGGGGUUUUUAGUUUGAUGCUGCUCAGCCUCCUGGAGACCAUUGUUGUGAUGUAUCUGAUGGAGAAAGACUCUGCAUCCCGAGACAACAAGGCAGACAGAGACCAAAGCCUGACUGAGGACUGUGGAGACAAACAUAGCAAAGAGGAGAAGAAAUGGACUUGUGCAUGCAUCUCUGAUGUGUCUGCUGAUGAAACUCCAUCUGAACUGCUGAAGGUAAGCAGCAGCCAACUGACAGAGGAGUCCCAUGCCUCUGAAAAGCUCUCAGAUGAUCUGAGGGAGGUGGUGAAAACACUGGCUCUGCUCCUCAACAGCAGCAAGGAAGAAGUGAAGCCCGGCUACUGGACCAGAAUGGCUAAAACAAUCAACAGAGUUUUCUUCAUUUUCUACAUCAUAGCUGCCAGUCUGUUUUUAGUCAUUAUAUUUUUCAAAUGGUAUGUUACAUAUUAAGAAAUAACAAGCGCAAAAUAAUGAAACACAUGAUUGAGUUAUAGUCCUCUUUAUUACAACUAGCGAGGCUUACUAUCAUGUGACUUCAAUGACUGGGAUACGAAAUUACAACCUAUGAAACAUUUCCCUGUAUACAUGGACUCAAACCUACUAUGUCUGUGUUCACCCCUGUUGUUCAGCUCCAUUAGUCUGUUGAAAACAAAAAAGAUCUCUUGUUGGUCUUUGCAGGCCAUUUAGGGGUCACACUGGCUUGUUAUGUGAGGCUUCAGCUGUCCGAAUUAGUCAAAUCAAGUGGGUAUAUUCCUUCCUUCCUCCAUGCUUCACAUGUACUUAGUAUCAGCCUGCGACACUAGUAUGGUUGUAUUAUGAAGUUAUAGUAACAUGUCAUCAAGUAGUAGAUUUAUGUCUUUGAUAUGUAAUAUGCAUGGUCCUAAUGUUCAAUACAUUACGAAAAUGUAUCAAAAGAGGAAGCAAGUCAUUCCCACGUUAUUAUGGAUCCCACUGCUUUUCUUGGCAAGACACGCCCUGCUCUGCCUCCGACUGGCUAAUACUCAUUGCCUUUGUAGGUUGGGUUGAUUAGAUUUAGGCAUAAGGAGUGAGAUUGGUUAAAAAAAAAAGUUUUACCUGAUAAUGGUGCUACAUGUAAAGUUAGAAGAUCAAGUUCAUCUUGAUGGGAACAUGAAUAUCUGUAGCAAAUUCACUUUUUGUUGUUGUUGAGCUAUUUCAGGAUGGAGCACAGUGCUGAAACGACCGACACUGUCAUUCUUAGAGCCACACUGCUAGCAUGGUUAAAAAAAUAAUGAUCAAAAUUGAUGCGGCAGAGGAAGAUAUAUCUUUAAGAUAUAAGAUAUAUACUUUCAGUCCCCACUAUGAGUUCAGUUGGUUCAGUAAUUUAAUGCCUAAUGUGCAUGGUGCCCAUUCAAAUCUGUAUCUGCAUUACUCUGCUCUAUAUAAACAUAAAAGAAUAACGGUCCUGAUAUCUGUUUUCUAUACUGUCUCUAAAAAUAUGUAUCAGACUCUUUGUAGUCCAUCAAUAAAUCAUAAAAAUUCUCU